AAACCCACUCUGCUGUCAAAAGCUCAGAAUACUUGCCAGCUGUACUGCAAAGAACUGCCCCGGAGUCUGGAACAGCAGUUACAGGAGCACAGGCUGCAUCAGAAGAGACUCUUCCUCCAGAAGCAGUCCCAGCUGCAGGCCUAUUUCAACCAGAUGCAGAUAGCCGAGAGCUCCUACCCCAGGUCAAGCCAACUGCCCCUUUCAUGCCAGGAGGAGCAACAGCAGCAACAGCAGCAGUCGAGCCCCUUCAGCCUGCAGCAGCCUCUGAGCCCCGUGCUGGAGCCUUCCUCAGAACAAAUGCAAUACGACCCCUUCCUCAGCCAGUACCAGAAGGUGCAGCUGGAUUCUCUGCCACCCUCCCAGAUCACCAGCUCCUCACGCUUGUCAGCACCAGGCCAGGUGCAGCAGCCACCACAGCCCUUACAGUAUUCCUAUCAGACUUGUGAACUGCCCGUCCUCACCUCUCCUGAGCCAGACUACCCAGACCAGUGCCAGUAUUCCAUGGACCCAGCACAACAGAGCAGUGUAGCAUUGCCUGACAGCCAGAGCAGCUCGGCCCCCCACCAGUCCCAGUCCAACUAUGAUGCAUUAACCCUCUCAGAAUUGCCUGGACUCUUUGAUUGUGAAAUGAUGGAGACUGUAGAUCCCCAGCACAGUGGCUAUGUCUUGGUGAAUUAA